AUGUCAGAUGCAGACUCUGAAAUGGGCAUGCUGGUGCAAACUGGCAGUCCCGGGGCAAUGCCAGAGCUUUCUUCUUUCCUGCCACACACCAGACGAGGAUCUUCCCUUCAGCCCCUGAGCCAAGAGAGCUUUUCUGGACGGGAGGACUCGGCUGCUGCCAGGGCUUCCUUAUGUGCCAGGGUGCGGAACAAGCAGAAGGGGGAGGAGCAGCCUGGCUGGUGGGGCAAGGAAGAUCCAGGAAGCUUGGCGGACUCAGCAGUGACCCCUGGCGCUGCUCCAGGAGACAGGACUGUCCCCGAUUGGCUCAAGGAGGACUUGAAUGACGGAGACCCCUCCGGCGAGAAGACAAGUGUGGAGGACGGAGGGCCCAGCCUUGGGGUGGGGUCGCCUCCCGUGGAAGGAGUUACCCCCAGUAAGGAGGGGCUGAGCUCUUGCACGGUGGUUGAGGGACUCAUGUUUCCCCUUGAGUAUUAUGUGCGCAUGACACGGAGACUCUCCAGGCGCCAGGAGGAGGUGAACUUGGAGGCGGUCAUGCAGAGCCAGCUGGGCAAGGGCAGAAAGGGCUGGAGGGUGGCCCACAAAGAGCAGGUGGUGAAUCCAGCCCAGCCCUCCCAGGAGCCCCCCAAAAGUGACGAUCGACUGAGCUCAACCCCCAGCAAAGGACGCAGCCCACCAGUGGGCUCCCCUGGCCCGGCUUCUCCUGGUCUCCGGAUGUUGGAGAAUUCUGCCGCUGCUGCUGCGGCUUUCCCUCUCCUUUCCCCGGGUGUGGAGGUGUCCCGCCUCGGCUGGCUGCCCCCCGGCCUUCCUCACCAAGAGUUCCACCUUCCCGAUGAAGAUUUCGGCCACCUGAAGUUCAAGAAGCUCAACAGCGGCCCAGCAGAAGAGCUCCAGGGGGAGGCACCAGCAGCCACUGCGAGAGAAGGCAACCUGAAAAUGACUUCAAAGCUGAAGAACGGCUCCGGAUCCUGCUUGGUGGACAUGAGCGCUGUGUGGUGGGAAGCAGCCGACUUCGCAGAAUUGUGCAUUGUGACAGCUGAGGAAACGUCCAUUUCUCUCUGGAGACCUCUGGACCUUGGCCAGUGGGGGAUGGUGCACACCUGGCACUUUACAAAGCUUCCAGUUCUCCAAAUAGUUCCCCUCUCAGGGGCUCACAGUGUGGUGUGCGCAGUGCUGGGGCGCCUGGAGACAGCCGAGAUAAGGCUUUUGUUCCAUCCUUCUGAAGAUGGCUGCGCUAAGGAGGAGCUGCUCAAAGCUGGAAACAUAAACGCCGUUCUGGGUCUGACCGAUAGGAAGCUGGUCAGCAGCUGUUGGUCACUGCAAGGCCAAGACGUGGAAGUCUUUUCUUUCUCUGAGAUGGGAAGGAGCCAUAAAAGGGGGGCUUUGAUACCCCCAGAAGAGACCGUCUUGGCUUUUGCCCAUGUGGCUGGACUGCAGGAGGCUCUGCUUGGAAUGACUGCCAUGAACUGCAUUGUGCUCUGGAACCUGGGAACCGGGCAGCUGCUGAAGAAGAUCCCGGUGGAGUGGUCCUUUCCUGCGUCCGUCUGCCACAAGGCCUACUCCGACUCGGGCCUCCUCUUCCUGGUCUUCAGCCACCCACACGCCAAAGACAGCCAGCUGCCUGAGAACCCCGCCUUCCAGAUGGUUGCGCUCAAUCCCAAGACCGCCAGAAGCUCUGGGGUGAUGCUCUUGGCCCCGCCCCCCAGCAUCCAAGGAAGGUCCUUGGAGCGUGACGUGAGGGGCUCUUCGGCAGCAGCUGUCCUGACAUCUGGAACCAUCGCGGUGUGGGAUUUAUUUCUGGGGCAAUGUACUGCGUUGCUGCCCCCCAACUCUGGAGGCAGCUGGUGCCUGGUCAGGUGGUCAGUCACGGACACUUGCCUGCUGGCUGGGCAAGAAGAUGGUUCAGUUUACCUCUAUAGGUACACAGGGGGGCUCCACCCUGGUUGAGAGGCCCACAGACCUGGCAUCCUGCCUUCCAAGAACUCUGGAGCCGAAUCCCUCGGAGGGCAGUGCAGGGACACCUUGAAGCUCAUAAUAGUAGCGCUGUGAAGUGCCAUCAAGAAGAUCCAGUUUUGGCAAAGGGACUCAGAAAUGGGCGUGGUCACAAUUCACCUGGAAUAUUUCUUCUGCAAACAGGCCAGAAUUAAUGGGAGCUACUGGUUGGCUGC